ACUCUCACAAUCGUGACUCGGUCUUGACAGCUAGCACUUACGCCUUCGCUUUCCUCCCCUGAACCCCCCUCUUCUCUGCACACGACUUGUCUUCUCGACCCUUUUCCCAUCCUCACUGCAGCUCGCCCACCCUCUUGAUCUUGGCUCAUUAUGGCCACUUCCACCACUGCCAACACGCCCGCUGCGCCGGACCCAGCGGUUUUUGGCGGCAAAAAGUCAGACCAGAGCGGUAACAGCAGCGCCGAGUUGGCAUAUCUCAAGUCUCUCGUCUCGCAAUUGAAUGACAAGAUCAAGUCGAUCGAAUCCACGGCCGGCUUGGUGCUUGGAAGUCUGGCCUCAUCCAACGAGGGUGUUCGCAUGAUCCUCAUCGGUCCUCCUGGUGCAGGCAAAGGAACGCAAGCUCCCAAGAUCCUGCAAAGGUUCAGCGGGUCCAUCUGUCACUUGGCUACGGGCGACAUGCUUCGCGAACAAGUGGCACAGGGUACUGAUCUUGGCAAGAAGGCAAAAGAGAUUAUGAAUCAAGGAGGACUGGUCCCGGAUGAGAUCAUGGUGGGCAUGAUCGAGAACCAGCUGGAGCAGAACAAACAAUGUGCGAAUGGAUUCAUCCUGGAUGGUUUCCCACGCACAACACCUCAAGCGGAGAAGCUAGACGACAUGCUCAAGUCAAAACAGCAAAAGUUGGAUCAUGCUGUCGAGCUGAAGAUCAAUGACCAACUACUGAUCUCUCGCAUCACCGGAAGACUCAUUCACCCGCCAAGCGGCAGGAGUUACCACAAGGAAUUUCACCCUCCCAAGAAGCCCAUGACGGAUGAUGUUACUGGCGAACCUCUGAUUCAGAGGUCCGACGAUAAUGCCGAGACGCUCAAGAAGAGAUUGGGCACCUACCACGCUCAGACCGCAGCUGUGACCGACUACUACAGAAAGCAAGGCAUUUGGUCCGCUGUGGAUGCAGCUCAAUCUCAACAGGUCGUCUGGUCUUCCAUCUCGGCCAUCUUUGACCAAAAAUCAAAGUCUGCGCAAAAGUAAAACCUGGCGGCUUCGAUGCGCUCUUGCUCAGCUCUUGGCUGGCACGUUGCGAGCUAGACGAGCGUGCCCAAUCUCCUCACGAUCAUUCAUCGAGUCAACGCAGGAAUCACGAAUGCAAUGCAUGGUGCACAAUGGUCGUGAUCGUGGAUGCCGACUCGCUACUUGACGGGAAGGCCUAUUCGCUCGGACUGUUCAACGCCUAGGUGCAGGGAGACGAGGAUGAGCGCACUUCGAUGUUUGAUCAGGAUUUGUCGGAUACUCCAGACUGCGGAAUUGAUUAGCCAGCUCGUGCUUCGCUACUCAUGAUCCACGAUUGCGUCGAGUCGUUCUCGGUAGGCUUGAUGGGCGAGUUUGCGUCGACUGAGCAUGAGAUACCAC